ACGGGAACUUGUUUCUGGGAGGAUCAUUUCGGAGUCGGACAGGAAAGCUGAGCGUGUUGGUGGUGGAGUCCGGAAGUGGAAAGUGGAAAGUUUGGAGCGAUGGCUGCCACCUCAGAUUUCAAGACUGAUGUGGAUUUGGCAACCAGAGCAGCAGAAGGAUUUGUUAAUCUUUAUUAUGAAACUUUUGAUAAAAGGAGAAGACAAUUGACCAAGUUGUAUAUGGACACUGCUACAUUAGUCUGGAAUGGAACCCCAAUAUCUGGACAAGAGGCUCUGGUUGAGUUCUUUGACAUGUUGCCAUCCAGUGAAUUUCAAGUCAACAUGUUUGACUGUCAGCCUGUUCAUGAACAAGGGACUCAAGGACAGAAGACUGUGCUGGUUGUUACUCAGGGCAGUGUGAAGUUUGAAGGAAAUAAAAAUCGUUGCUUCAAUCAGAACUUUUUAUUGACCCUCCAUACGUUACCAUCUAACAGGCUGUGGAAGGUUGUCAGCGACUGUUUCCGCUUUCAGGACUGGGCCAGUUAAAGUCAACCAGCUAACAACUUUAUUUAAAACAAACCCAUACUUGGUAAAAUGAAAAACUACUAGUAUUGUAAAGCAGUGCCUUCAUGUACCUUUUGGAUAUUCCAUGAAGCUGUUCCAGCUUAAUAAAAAAUAAAAGUAUGUAUCUGUGCCAUAGCCCAGAUUUUUGUUAAGAUGCUUGAAUUCUUGCCAAUCCUAGUAGCAGUUUACAAAUUUUAUUCUGAGCAGAAGUUACUCUAAAGCAAAGAUGACCAGACCUUAAAGUGGUUGUAAACCCUAUUGUUUUUUCCAGAAUUACAAACGGGUUUAUAUUUAUCUGCUCUGUCCAAUGAUUUUGCACAGAGCAUCUCGAAACUCCUCUUCUGGAGCCCCCUGCCAGCACUCUUAGCUCCUCCUCUUGUGUGUUCUUCCAAUGCAAGCUGUUUGCUAUGGGGCCACUCAUGCUGACACGCUCCUGAACUGAGCAUGUGGGCUCCAUUGACACCAAAUUGGCAUAAAUAACAGUUGACUGUAUAUAUGUAUGUUUGUUUUCAUUUUUUUUUUUUAAGUUGUAUAUGUUUUCUAUCGUAAGGCUGAUAAAGAAAUGAUUUUUUUUUAAAUCA